UUACUAGUUUUUUACAAACAAGUCCAUGGUGUUUCGAUAUACUGAAAGUCACACUGAAACCAGAAGAAGUGAUGUUUCCAAGGAAAAUUAAUGCGUUGACCCCAAGAUACCAAAGUUUGACUUCCCUUUUUCUCUCUCUCUGCUUCAUCGAUCUUUCAUUGUUCUUCAGAAAAAGCCCAUUUCUCAAUACAGCAUUUAUGAUCUAUCCAGCUGCAUCUUUAUUAAUACUAUAAUAAAGUCAAAUAUCUCCGUAUUGUUAAUCAUUUAUGUAUAAAUUGUAUAUGAUGGCUUUAUAUGUAGGGGAAAGAACACUAUAUUAAACUCUUCAUAUCUUUUAGAGAGGAGAGGAAGAGAGAGAGAGAGAAAAUGAUGAAGAAUCAAAGUAAAGCGUUGGUCAUCUUCUUCACUUUAGUUCUGCUUCUAAGCAUGGCUUCAAGUGUUAUUCUAGGGGCAGAUGGUCAUGCUCCUCCUAAACUGUCUCCCUCCUCUUCCACUCAAGAGAAAGAAAGAAAUAAAGAAGGUGAUGGAGAUGGAGUAGAUCAGUGCAAGAGUUCGGACAGUAAAGAAGAAUGUCUUGUUAAGAGAACCUUAGCUGCUCACACCGAUUACAUCUAUACACAAGACUUAAAGUCAUCUCCUUAAAACAAGAACAUAACUCUUUUCCUUUAAACAGUAGAAGCUAUGAUCAGAGUCUCCUUUACCAUGUGCUCACGACUUUAUGUUCUUUGUUAUUUUAUUCUAAUCUUCGUUUGAUUUCUGUGAAUGUUAACUUGUAUUUAUCCUGCAACAUCAACUUUAUUUAUUUGUCGUUAGACAAAACAUCAA